ACAACAACUUAACAGUUUGUCUCAGUCAUGUGUGAGGGACACAGCAGGGCUCUCCAGACCUCCUCACAAGACAUCCGUCUAUGAAUUAAUACACACACACAGACGCUCCCUUACAUACAUACAUACAUACAUACAUACAUACAUACAUACAUACAUACAUACAUACAUACAUACAUACAUACAUACAUACAUACAUACAUACAUACAUACAUACAUACAUACAUACAUACGCUCUAUCUCCCAUUACUGAGUAACAAGUUACAGUAGAGGGGCCACUGGGGCGUCUAGCAGCGAGACCCUCUCACCAAGACAGGAAGGGUUCCAUGUGACUGUGAUGGGCAGCAUGCCGCAGUCAACACGUGACGCCACUCGAACCCCACGUAAAGUGCCAACCUCAAACAUCGCAACAUGUUAACAAGGCGGCAAAGAAACCUCUUUGAAUAAUAACCAACGUACUACCACAAGUUCGCCAUGCACUUCGAGGACCUGCUGGCGGAGAUCGGGUCCUUCGGUUUGUACCAACGUCUCCUGUGCUUCGUGCUCAUCCCGCUGACGACAGGGGUCGUUGGCCUGACCUUCUACGUGCAGCUCUUCCUGCUGACGGCGCCGCCCCACACCUGCCUGCAGGAGCCGCGCCCCCAGUCUGCAGGCGACCAGGCCGCCCACCCCCUCUACCAGGACCUCUCCCGCCUUCUCAAUGAUACUGCUUAUGACACACCUGCCAGACUGCCCUACACCUGCCACCAGUUUGACCCCAACGUGACCUCGGCAUACAUCACUUCCUCUGACAUCAACUUGACCUCGCUGGGGCAGCUGCCGCCUCCUAACAUGCCCUGUGUCAACGGGUGGCAGUAUAACUUUGAUCACAUAUUUCCUACCUAUACCUCACAGCAUGACUGGGUAUGUACUGAGGCCUGGCGACCCUACAUGGUGGUCACCGUGUUCUGGAUUGGCAACACCAUCGGCUCUUGGCUCUGGGGAGCCUUGUCUGACACGUGCGGGAGGCGGCCGACGGUGGUAGCAAGCCUAGCCGUGUACGGGGCGGCCGGAGUGGCGUCAGUCUUCAUCAACAACUUCUACGGGUUUGUGGCGCUCAGGUUCCUGGUGGGGACCUCACACCACACUGUGUCUCACCUUCCCUUCGUCCUGGUGGUGGAGUACUGCGGGGUGGAGAGUCGCGUGGUGCCUCUCCUGACGCUGAUGAUGAGCUACACCCUCGCCUCCAUCCUCAUCCCCGCCCUCGCCUUCGUCGUCUGGGACGGGUUUACCCUCGCCCUGAUCACUGCCUUGCUCCCCCUCGUCCUGCUCCUAGCCUUCAGGUGGAUCCCGGAGUCCUCGUCCUGGCUGGUGGCUAGGGGUCGUGGGGAAGCUGCGAGAGCCCAGCUGACUACGGUGGCUAAAGUGAAUGGACAUCAACUGCCUCAGGAGAUGGUCACCCAACUUCUCCAUGAUGCAGACGAUGGCGAGGAAGGUCACUCAGGUUACAGGAAGCGAGACGCUAAGGGAGGUCACCGCAGCCAAACAAGUAUCAUCCACGCCAUCAAGUACCCAAGUCUGAGGAAGAAUAUUCUGCUGGUGCUGCUCAUCUGGAUGCUGGCCUGCAUGUGCUACUAUGGCCACUGCCAGAACACGGCACACCUGGCCAGCAACGUGUUCAUGAGCUACCUGCUGGGGGCGCUGGUGGAGGUGCCGUCCUGGUGUGUUCCUUGGCUCAUCCACCGCCUGGGACGCCGCCGCCCCCUCACCGCCACCUUCCUCCUCUCCGGUGUCGCAGGGCUCGUCUACGCCCUUGUCCCGGCAGACAUGGAGUGGCUACUGCUGGUGGUAGCGCUGGCGGGGAGAGCCACCAUCACCGGGGCUUACUACAUCACCCUCCAGUACUGCCCCGAGGUCUUCCCAACGGUGGUCCGCGGGCAGGGCGUCGCCUUGGCGGAGACUCUGGGCGGCGUCGCCAUCUUCCUCUCGCCCUCUAUCGUCUACUUGGGGGAGUGGCAGAAGAGAGCGCCACUGAUGGUGUUCAGCGGACUGUCGGUGAUGGGCGGGAUGGCGACUCUCCUGCUGCCGGAGACGGCUGGCGUGGUGUUACCUCAGACACUCCACAACGCUGACCUCUUCUUCAGCCAGGCCGCCACACCGUGCUCCAGAUGCUCGCUUACAGGAGGUGAGAGAGAGACUGAAGCAGACCUAUAGAGCUAAGGUAAGGUAAUUAUGAGGACAAAGUGUUAAGCCAGUGACUAUAUAACCCGACAGACAUAAACAUUUGGUCCUUCGCAAUUAUAGUCAGCUGGAAGUGGAAACAAUUAUGCAUUUAUAUGACGACAUCUCGACGUCUGGGCUUACAGACCAUUGAAUUGGUGUCCGUCUCUUCAGACUCUUCUUGUCACAUUCCGGAAAAGCUAUAUUUGUUAAGAUAUAAGGAAACAAAAAUAAUCAAGUGUUAUAUGAAAUAAUUAUAUUUUUCCAGGGACAUGAGUUUAUCGUGCACCCCAAACUUAUUAAAAUGCUGUUCCAUAUAUGAAUACAAUGUAUUUUCUUUUUAUAAAUAAAUUUUAUUCAUAUG